UCAAAACAAAGUUACUGAACCGACUGGAUUUUCCUGGAAGAUUCUCAUCGUCGUCAGUCAUCAGUGUUAAUAUUCGGCACAACCUAACCUAGUCCUAGCGAUAAAACUUCCAAGACACGCGAAAUAGAUCAAGGUAAUUAGAUCUACUAUAAUCAAGUAAUUAAAGAUUCUUGUGUAUUCUUGAAGUAAUUGUCAUCAUUGAAAAUGUACAACGACCCUGAAGCAGGAGACCAUUACUUUCAGGAAGACUCCUUCUCUGAGAAAUCUAUCAGGCUUGGCUUCAUCAGGAAAGUCUAUGCUAUUCUGUGUCUUCAGAUUGGAAUCACAGCUGCCAUGAUAGCCCUGUUUAUUUAUGUGGAUCCAAUAAAAGAAUAUUCAAGAGAAAAUCCUUGGAUGUGGAUCCUGGCAUUUGUUAUGACCUUUGUGAUAAUUAUAGUGCUGGCUUGCUGCCCAGACUUUAGAAGAAAAACUCCCAUAAACAUGAUUCUUCUUAUUGCAUUUACUGUUUGUGAAGGAUUUUUAUUGGGCACUGUCUCCAGUCAUUACGACAGAGAUGAAGUUUUAAUGGCCAUUGGUAUUACUGCAGUUGUUUCUUUGGCUUUGACUAUUUUUGCAUUCCAGACAAAAUGGGACUUCACAAUGAUGGGAGGACUGUUGUUUGUGCUGGUCAUUGUGCUCUUCUGUUUUGGAUUUUUAGCCAUCUUCAUGCAUAAUAGAAUCGUGAAUCUAGUGUAUGCAUCACUUGGGGCUUUGAUCUUCUCAGCUUACUUGGUGUUUGAUACUCAGCUGAUGUUGGGAGGUAAACACAAGUACUCACUCUCUCCGGAAGAAUACAUCUUUGCUGCCCUCAACCUAUACCUGGACAUUGUGAACCUCUUCCUCUUCAUUCUGUCAAUCAUUGGGAGUGCCAAAGACUGACCAACUCAACCCUGAACUUAAGGAAACACAGAAUCUAAUCAUUGACUUUAUGCUUUGACUUACAAAGCCCACAACAUGAACUUACAUUUAAAACACAUUCAUUAACAGUAUGUAGUUUCAUGAGUUGAUCCAAUGUAUAGGAUCAACAUAACUAUUUUUAUUUCAUUAUAGUAAUGAGUUGAUUUCUUCACAUUUUUUUUUUUUGGUGCAUUGUUUUUUUUUAACUAUGAAUCCAGUCAUAAUCUUUACAUCUUCAGUUAUUAAUUGUCCAUUGGUAUUUGUAUUUAAAUCAAAUUCUUUCUUAAACUGGGGUACUAUUGUUUUACUUGCUCAUUAUAUAUAUAUAUAUAUAUAUUAUCAUUUACUAAUAAACUUUCUUCUACUCUGACCUUUAGAAUCUUUGUAAGAUAGUUACAUUUCAGAAUUUAUAAGAUUAAAACUUUUUCCUUUGUUGCUUUUUGUAAAUUGUGAGCUCAUUUUUUUUUCUGUUGAGCUUUAUAACAAUACUCCACUGCUUUCUUUUUUUUUUCUUUUUUUUUUUCUUUUUUUUUUUUUUUUUUGUAUUUAUUAAGUUUGGGCUUAAUGAUUUUUAGCCAAAUAAAAAUCUCUGUGUGUGUGUUUAGAUCAAGAUGACUUGAAAGCAAGGUUAUUGAUUCAUUAAUAAUUAAUCAUUAAUAAUAAGUUGCUCUAAUCAAAUCACGUAAGAUUGUUUUGUGAAAUUAUUUUUCUCCUUUAGGCUUUGUUAAAGAUACUUUAUACUAGUGAACCAAUAGAAUGGUUUAAAUAUAAAAGGAUAUUAAACCUUACAGAAUUGUUAAAAACAGCAGAAGUUGGAUAAAGCUUACUUUUUUUUUUUGGGAUCUAACUUAAUGCAUUUAUUAAAAUCAAAUUAAAAAUAACACUUUAAGCCACAGAAACAGAUGACCUUGACAUCUCUCCUCUCCUCCUCUAUAGACGAAAUGGGGGAACAACAUUUUCACUUAUUUUUCAUUGCUGAUCCAGUAUGGGCAAUUAGACUUAGAUCCUUUUAUACAAUUUUUGAACCAAUUCUAUGCUAAUUAAUUAUUUGAUUGCUUAGAAGAUCAGUCUUAUAUAUCUAAAAACAUAACAUUUAUUUCACUUUGUAUUUAUUCUUUAUUCUGAUUACAGAUGGCCUAUUAGCUUAUGAUGUCCAGUCCAUUUUAUUAAGAAAAAUUCAUGUCUAGAUAUUUUACAGCCAGUGUUGUAUAACCCUGUGAUAUUUUCCAGUUGAUAACAUUUGGUCCUGUUUCUGCUUGUUCUUGCUGUUGUAACUGUUAUGUUAGCUUGUUUUUUUUUUUUUUUAUUUUUAGUGCUAGUUUCUUGCAGUGUAUUUAACAAAGUCUCCAUCAGCAUGUCACAAUUAUAAUGUCAUUCAUUUGUUUGAUGUUCAUCUUAAGACUUGUCUUCAAAAAUCCCUAAAAUCAACAGGUAGAUUUUGUUGAGGGAAAAAGAUAACCAUAUUUAUUCUUCUACACAUAAUUACUGAAAGACUGCUAGAGUAUUUAUAGUUGUUUGAAUUGGACUUGGACUGUCUCAAAAAAUGUAUUGGGAGUGAAAAUGUCAAUGAAAAACAUAGAUAUCAGGUGUAUCUUGGCUUUUGAAUUUUUUGGUACACUCUUUACAUGCCCUGAGCUUACAGUUUUUCAAUGUCAAAUCAUUGAUGUGAAGUACAUUUGAUUGGCAGUUUGAUAUGGACUAGGUUGUGUCAUUUAUACCAUUUUCUAAGUUUUGAGUGAAUGUGUUAUUUUAGUAACACAUAAAUAUCAGGUGUAUCUUCGCUUUUGAAUUUUUUGGUACACUCUUUACAUGCUCUGAGCUUACAGUUUUUCAAUAUCAAAUCAUUGAUGUGAAGUACAUUUGAUUGGCAGUUUGAUAUUGACUAGGUUGUGUCAUUUACACCAUUUUCUAAGUUUUGAGUGAAUGUGUUACUUAUAUUAGUACUAUUUGAAGUAUUUGAGUGGUUCAUUCUUUACUGAUUUCAUUUCUUGACCAAAUGUUCUGUUGUUAUUGUUUGAUGUGUAGAGGCAAUAACACUGAGUCAAUUGACUCAUAAUUCUCCUUUGAAGAAAACUGUUAUUAAGAGAAAAAUCAGUUGUACUUAGCUUAGUUGUCAGUCAAAAUUAUGGAUUGGAUUUUUAAAGCAUUUCUUUACUUGAAGAAGGUUUAAGUCAUAGCUAGUUUGUAUAUAGUAUGUAUACAUCUGUAGAUUGCUAUAAUUUCUAAAACAACAUACAGAAAAAUAUUAAGACAGUUUAAUUAUUGUAUAGACUUUUCAGAAUGCUUUGGCCUAAAUUGUGCUGAUAUGCCCAAAAUCCAAAUAUCAUAGCUAUCACUAAAAAUACUUUUUUCCCAAGUAAUGAUUGCUACUUAUCCAUCUUGCAUUCACCUGUAUUAUAAAUUUGUUUCACAUUUUAAAAUUUAAAAAAAUUAAAUAUUCUCAAUUAUAGGUGGUUGAAAGAUAUUUUUUCAAAACUUUUCAGCUGUUUUUUUUUUUUUUUUAACCUAUUUUUCUUUUAACUUUGUUGUCUUAAAAGUAUGUUUUAUUCAAAGUGUAGUAAAUAGGAUUUUCAGUGAAAUAAAACCAAUGAUCUGAAAGAUACUUUGUAGAACAAAAACCUAUUUCAACUGUGAGGGAAAAUUAUUUAUGGACAUAAAAUUUAUCUUAUGUGAUGAUUUUGUAUUUGUCAUAUAAUUUAAAUAAAACUUUCUAACUAAAA